UGCGCAGUUUCUGGAGAUCUUUUGCAUGACGCCGGUGCGACGGCGGCAGUCCUCGCCGGCGCCUACUCGCUCGUUCUCGGAUUCGAUAAUCUUGCUCGCCGGAAUUUGAUUCAACAGAAUUUGAGCAGAAAACUUGUUCACAUAUUGUCUGGAUUGCUUUUCAUGAUGUCUUGGCCUAUAUUCAGCACCUCAACAGAAGCUCGCUACUUUGCUUCUCUAGUUCCCACUGUGAAUUGCUUAAGGCUUGUUGUGUAUGGCCUCUCAUUAGCCAAAGAUGAAGGACUCUUAAAGUCUCUAACUCGGGAGGGAAAACCGGAGGAGUUGCUGAGAGGCCCUCUAUAUUAUGUUCUAAUACUGAUUUUGUCAGCUGUUGUGUUCUGGCGUGAAUCUCCUGUUGGUUUGAUCUCAUUGGCAAUGAUGUGUGGGGGGGAUGGUAUUGCUGAUAUAAUGGGAAGAAGAUUUGGGUCCAAACGGCUUCCUUAUAAUCAGGGGAAGAGUUGGAUUGGUAGCAUAUCCAUGUUUAUCUUUGGAUUUUGGGUCUCCAUUGGGAUGCUGUAUUAUUACUCAGCUCUUGGAUAUUUGGAGUUGGAUUGGGGAAGAACAGUGCAAAAAGUUGCUCUAGUUUCUUUGGUGGCAACUGUGGUGGAGUCACUUCCAAUUGCAAAUGUUGUAGAUGAUAAUAUAUCAGUACCACUGGUCAGUAUGGUAGCAGCCUUUCUGACUUUCAGUUUUUAGAUCUAUUGAAUUUUCUCCAUCUUCUUCCCA